GAGCAUUAUAGUGUAUGCGAUGCUGAAUAUUUACUGAUCUUGACAGCCAGCAAAUCUGCGGUUCAUUUUCGGAGCCUGGCCUCAGCAGUGUAGCCCACAGCCGUCCAUUUUGUUUGCAUUAGGAAAGACCAUUGCAAGCAUAACCAUUUGUAGGCGAACUUCCACAAUAUUACUGCGACGGCAGCUAUGGCGGGGCGACCGGCGAAGGCGUUAUACAGUCAGCCCGAAGACGACUGGACCACGCCCCGCUUUGUUUGCGAGCGGGUCUGCGUCAGUGACAAGCUGGUGGCCGCGGUGGGCGGUGCUGCAAAGGAGGCUGUUCCCGGCAACUGUGUGACUGUGUGCGGCGUGUCAGCGGUGGACGCCUGCACGGAGGCGUGCCAGCGGGCGGUGUGUGUGGCGGCCACCCACGUGCCCGCCUGGAACGAGGGAUGCAUCCGCCGCUGCACCGCCGAGUGCCUGCGGACCAAGCAGCAGCAGCAGCCCCCCGAGUCACAGCAGUCGUAGGGGGGGAGGGAAGACGAAUGGAUUGUAGGGGCCCGGAUGGAAGACGAAUAGACGGUGGCAGGAUGAUGGGAUACAGG